AUGGAAAUUCAUAUGAAAUCUUCACCAAAAUUUUUAUCAUCUAAUUUUUUUGGAGGUUCAAAGAAUACAUUAAAUUCUAUGUAUAAUGAAAAUAAUGUUAAUUUUUUAAAAGGUGGAAUAUUACCUCCAGCAUUGUUACAUGAAUCAAAAGUUCCGAAAUUUUAUAUUGAAGCAAUAAAAUGUUGUGGAGCAUUUAAUAAAAAUCAAAAUCCUACCAUAUCUCAAGUUCAAAGCCUUAUGUUGACAUCUCAAUUACCAAUUGAAGUAUUAAAAAAAAUAUGGUGCUUUGUAAAUAUAAAAUCUUCUAAUCAUUUAACACGUCAAGAGUUUUAUUCAUGUUUGGCAUUAAUUGCUUUAGUACAAAAAAAGAUGUCCAUAAGUGAUUUAAGUACCGUAACACAAUUGCCAAUUCCUUUUUUACAAACAUUUCAAGGUAUAGAUAGCAAAAGCGACAAAGAAAUUUUUAAAAAUAAUCUACAAGGACAAACUUUUUUUGAUGUGAAAGAAAGUAAUGAAAAAGAUGUUUGGAAAACACAAAAUAUUGUAGAGAAAAAUACAAACAAUUUUAAUAAUUCUCAUCUUAAAAAAUUAAAAAAAGAUUGGGAUACAAUAAUUAAUAUAUGUAUCAAAAUAAUUGAUGAAAGUAAUAAUAUUUUGACAAAAUCAAUAUCAUCUUCAUCUCAAGUAUCAAAAACUACAAAAGGUAAAAUUUUUAUUAUUUCAUUAAAUAAUAUUCAUCAAAUGGUAAAAAGAAUAGCUGCAAGUGUUACAACAUACAAAAUGAAUGACAAAGAAAUAACAGGCAAAAUUCAGAUAUUUAGUGAGACAUGGGCUAAUUUACUAGAACUUUCAUUUUUUAAUGAAACAUUAGAAAAAAAUCAAUUAAUUAUAAAUAAAUUUGACCAAAAUAUGACGACAAAAAAUUUUUAUUGUUCAAUUUGCCUACGAAUGAUAACAUCAAUUCCAAUUAAUUUUGAAAAUUAUACAUAUCACAGUGAAUGUAGUAAUUUUUGGAUAAAUUUUGUUAACAUAGUUUUACCUAAACAUUGUAAUAAAUCGUAG